CGUGCCUUAUUGUUGUGACAUGCUCACUGGUCUUGCGAGUCGACAUUUGUGUUUCAGAGUCGUCAAACGUAAGAUGACUCUGUGUUUCGUUUGAGCACGCCUUCACCUUCACUUCAAUUGUCGUUUGUCAACUUUUAUUCGAAAAAAUUGUUACCCCGUCUCAAAUACAAACACGGAGUAAAACCUGCCUGCAUUUCCUGAGUUUUAGCCAAUCCUCUCCAUAACGAUUCCCUCUCGACAUGCUUUUAUGACCUCAGGAUGUCUGACAUCGAGGACUACGCAUACUCGCCGUAUGAUGACAUUGAUGACCUUCUGUGGGACGCCGACCCAAAUCCAGAAUUAGCUGAUGACCUCGCCGAGCACGCUUGUCCCAGCCCCGUCUAUCAAGAUGAGAUUGCCGGUUUCGAACUGCAGGAAUAUCACAGUGACUGGGAAUAUUACUCAGAUGAUUAUAUGGAUGAUGACCCUGCACUCUUGAAAACGAAUACACUAGAUGGAGGUCCUCCCAGAAAAGCGGUCAAGAAGAAGGACAAUGGGGACGUGGAUAAGAGAGGCAAGAAGAGGAAAUUGGCUGAUACAGUGGACGUUGCACAGUCGGAAGAGGAAUUGUUGACGAGAUGCAUAAAGGGUACGGUCUGGGGGAAGCCUGGAGAGCAGAAUCCUCCGCGAUACAACACGGGACAGGGGGUGAAAGUGGCACUUAUGAAGAAUUGGAAAGAGGUGUUCGCGAUUACGAACGAUGGAUGGGGCAAGCAAAGACACCAGUCUGAUGAAGAUGAAUCCUGGGCCAAGGACAUGAGCCUGGCAGACAUGGGUCUCCAGAAUAUGCAAGGCAAAGCCCUAGACCAAGCCCCCGAAGGCCAACCGGCUAAAUACAAGGUGGAGAAUGACGAGGAAGAUGGAGAUGAAGAGGGAGGUGAAGACGAAGAGGACGUCGACCUGAUGGUUGAGGAUGAGGUCGAGAUCGACGAAGACGAUACAAAUGGGUUGGCGUCUAACAAGGAAUCGGAGCCACCACCUAGUGCGACAGAUGCUGUUCCUCUUCGAACCGACCUCGAAAACAACGAAGAACUUCCUCGAAAGCGGCGGCGGGUUGAAGUUGAGGUGCCAGUUUCACAGCUGAGUAGAACAUCUCUCGUGGACUCCGUACCAAGUCAGAGACGUUCGACCGCAAAAGCCAAAGGCAAGAUGCCCGCGGUCCAGCAAACCGAGUCGGAGCCAGUCAAAGCACAGAUGCUCAACGAGACAAAGUCCAACGGCAUAAAGAAGAGGAAAGCGACCGACGAACCAGAGGAAGGUGGAUUUAACCGUCCUACUGCCAGUAGCCGGGCCAAAAGAGUGGCUUCAACAACUUCGACAGUCUCUCAAAACGGGGCCAACAGUGGUCGGCAAACGAGGAGCUCGAAAAAGUGAUCAUACACGGUACUGGGGAUGGGCUGCAAGGAUGACACCUGCAUGAUAUGCCUAUUCCAAUCUCGCCUCUAUUCGGUGGCCGGCAUCAAUGGCUCUUCUUCGACGGCUAUCCUCUUUCCAACAGUCUGGAUGAGUGGAUAGACGGGCUUAUGUACAAGACUUCCAAGAUAAUGAGGUACCAUGACAGCGAUUGAGCCGUAUAUGCAGUAGACUACUAGGUAGUAAUACUGAUUCAUCAUAUCAUA